AGAUGAAUCACAUGAUGAUUGAAAGAGAAUCGAUCAACAAUUUUUUUAUUCAACAUUCCCUUUUGAUUUUGUUUACAGUGUCAUAAUAGAAAGCCAGUUUUUACGUGAGAACUGUUUUUGCAUAAUUUUUAAUUUUUCUUACUAAACAUGGUUCAAGCUUGGUAUUAUAAUGACGAUGGGACUGACCAACGGUUGCCUCAUCAACAUAAUCCAGUGAAAUCAAUUGACUUGGAAAAAUUGAAGGAAAAAACUGGCGUUCUGUAUUGGAAGAUUGAUGCUGAUAAUUAUGAAAGUGAGGGUAAAUUGCAGAAAAUUCGAGAGGAGAGAGGUUACACUUACACCGAUCUGAUUGAGUGCUGUCCAGAGAAAUUGGAAAAUUAUGAAGACAAAUUGAAAAAUUUCUUUCUUGAGCACCUUCAUGCUGAUGAAGAGAUACGAUUUGUGCUGGAAGGAAGUGGCUAUUUCGAUUGUCGAGACAUUGAUGACCAAUGGAUCCGUAUUCAAGUCAGUAAAGGAGAUCUAAUUACUCUACCCGCUGGCAUCUAUCAUCGAUUCACUUUAGAUGAACAGAAUUACAUUAAGGCAAUGCGACUUUUUGUUGGUGAACCUGUUUGGACUCCAAUAAACAGACCAGCUGAUGAUCAUCCUGCACGCAAAAGUUACAUUGAAAUGGCGAAUACUAGUUUCCAACAAGGAAUCAAACAAUCAGCCUAAUCUAUCCCUUAUUAUCAACCAUCUUUACAAUCAACUUGGAUUUUUCUUGUAAAAAUAAUGCCAACCUAUUUUUAUUACAACUUAAAACAAGCAAAAUCAAGUGCUUAGACUCUAGAAGCUUUUGAUUUCAAAGUAAUUUGUCAUAAAUGGUAUCUAAUUCAUCUGGAUCAUCCAAUAAACCAUUGAGAAGAUAUUCACUUUCUAUCCAUUUUAUUCAUUUGUUGAUAACGAUAGUGUCCGUAUGAAGCCGUGUUUUUACGUAAAUCGUUAACUUUCUAUUUUUACUUUUAAUUUUAAAUUGACUCAUCUUAUUGUGAAUAACAUGCUUAAUCCAAUUGAACGCUCCAAUUAUUUUUGGGACUAAUCUUUUCUUAAUGAAUACACUUCACCAUAGCUCCCAAUAAAUUAUUUUAUUCAGUGAAUAUUAGCCUGGCCGCAAGAACCAUGACUUAUUUUACAACAGAAGAACGUACCACAAUAAUCAAGCUUUAUUAUAAACAUCCAGAAGACUUCGGCAAAAUAAGUGAUCUUUGGAGUAAAGAGCACAGGGUUAAACCGAAACCAUCUAAAGAGAUAAUUGAAAGCUUUGUGAAAUGUUUUGAACGCACUGGAUCAGUUAAACAUGAAAUUGGAGUUAUGCUUGAUCCCAUGACUGGUGCACUAGAACCAUACAAAAAUCCCGAUUUAUGUCCAUACCUGAUUCAAACAAUGAGACACUUGAAUAAACCUAUUCCAGAGCAUAGAUUGAGUAUGGCUAAUUAUCUGUUGGAAAGUAAUAAAUCAGCUACACUCAAGCUUGAUCAUGUUUGGUUCACUGGAAAGGUUCAAUUUUGUCUAUCUGGAUACACCUAUCGUGAUACUUAUCGUUUUUGGGGAACUUCAAGUCCCGAAAAAGUUAUAGUUAACCCUUUGGAUGAUUCGGUUAUUUCUGUCUACGCCGCUAUAUGUGGAAAGACCUUGCUUGGUCCUUACUUUAUUCCCAAUAACAUUGACGCCCUCGAAUACAGCAAUUUCCUUGAAAAUGAAAUCUUGAUCGAUAUACAUGAAUUGGAAAUGGAUACAUACGAAUAUGCUUUCAUGCUUGACGUUCCAGAUGAUUUAAAAGGGCAAGAGAUUUAUUAUACGCUCACAGGUCGCUUUGGUGAUCGGAUCUUGGCUGAAAAAUGUCAACAAAUAACUGAUUAUGGAAAUGAUUGGCCUAACUUUUCACCAGAUCUAAACCCAGUUGACUUUUUUCUAUGGGGCUACAUUAAGGAUAAAAUAGACGAAGCUCGACCUGAAAAUAUAGAUGCAUUAAAGAAUGUUAUUGUGGAAAAAUUUGAGGAAAUUCGUUCAAAGCCAGAUAUUCUGUCAAAAAACCUGGAAAUAUUACUCAAGAGACUUGAUUUCAUUAAAAAGUCUGGAGGCUGGCAUUUCGAGAAAAUGUUUUGCUGAUUGCUUUAUUUUGAAGCUGAUGAUUGAUUCAUUUAGUUGUGAAGAUAGUAAUGAUUGCGAAGGCAACAAACAUCAUCGCUAAAUUUAAUGACUAGUCAAAAUACCGCAAUCAUACCUCGAAGCCGUUUGUUGUAAGCAGUUUUUAAGCAUUUAUUGAUGGAAGGCUAUUGAAAAGUCAAAUUUCAAUAAUAAUUCAGAAAUGAUUAUUUCCAGAUAUCUUCCAUAAUCUAUUGAAAUAGACAUUGAACCAUUGAUAAUUCUAGCUAAUUCAACAGGUUGUUUUUUCCUCAAUUGAUGGGAUUGAUCAUGAUGGUGGUAUUUAUCAGAAUCCCCUAUGUAACUGUAUUUAAUUGAACAAACACGGUUACUACGGUACACAAUAAAAAGUAUCAUGUUGCAAA